UCUCUCUCAAACCCUUUCCAAUCCAUCGCUUUGCUCCUUCACGAGGAGGAGGAGGAGGAGGAGGAGGAGACCCCUCUCUCUCAGAUCUCGUCGCCAUGGCCUCGAACCUCGCUCGCCUCGCCCGGCGCCCCGUUGCCACGUUUCUUAUCUUUCCAGUCCGGUUAAACGCUCCCGCUCUCUGAGCGCGCGUGCUCUUUCUCAAUCUCCCUCGAAGCAUCUCAUAUAGCCGAAGAACCUUCGCGAGGACCUCUAAUGGCGUCCGCGAACCCUAGCCCCGUCGUCUCCGACCAGAAGAAGCGCGCCUUCGAUGCCCUAGAGCGGAGGUUUGCUGCCGCUGCCAAAUCCGAUCUCCUCCACGAAGAUCACCUCAGAAGCAAGAAGAGGAGCAGCGAUCCCUCGCGAAGACCCCAAUCCCACGACCCGAAGCGACCCGUCGCUGCCUCCGACGCCACACUCUCUUCUCCUCCUUCAAUAUCCGAUCCCUCUUACUCCAUUAAAGGAGACUCGGGAUCCUCAAAUGCCACUCCCCAACGGAGGAUCUCAGAUGGAGAAACACAUCCUGUUUAUUCGAAGAUCUGUGAAACAAUGCACGAAAACUUGCUACAAGCUGCUAUUAUGGAUUCGAGUAGAAGGGAUGCGGUUCACAGAAUUGUUGGUGAUAUCAUUGGGAAGGGCGAAGAAGCUGGGAAGUUUGCGAGGGGAGCUAAGAGCUUAAAAUUGGAUAGUUGGAUUUUGCUUGAUAACUAUGUUGCAAAGAACGAUGGGUUAGCGGACGCCCGCAUGAGAGCAUUAAAGAGUCACUCGAAGAGGUCGAAGAAGCAUAUGUCGAUGAAGCAACAUCGGAAAGUUGGGUCAUUUAAUUUGCCCAAGGAGUUCCACAACUUUGAUCUUUUUAAGCCAAUGCAUGAAAUGUGGAAAGAGUACAUUAAUGAGCUCACAAAAGAAAAUGGGAAAAAGAAAUUAAGCGACCGCCUGUUAACUGCUGAUUUACACGGUGCCUAUCUUCUAGUUGUUGAGUGCAGAGAUGUCACCUUUAAAGGUGUAAGUGGUAUUAUGAUUCGUGAUACUGCAGAGACUUUUGGAAUAAUUACAGAGGACAAUCGCUUCAGAGUUGUACCGAAAAUGGGUUCAGUCUUCAUAUUCCAAGCUGGCUGCUGGAAAAUUACAAUUUAUGGUGACAAACUUUCACCGAAGGGAAAGUUGAAGGAAAGCCGUGCUCGGGAGCAGCUGCAGCAUCGUUUGUCAAGAUGAAGAAUUUUCUUCUCAGUUCCAUCUUUUUCCUUUUUUUCCCCCUUCCGAGAGAGCCUAGAAUAUUGAUAUAUGUCAAGUAAUUCCAAAAAUUAAUCGCGCAUAUAAAAGAAGAAAUUAUUCAAUGCAUAAGGUAUAAUUAAGUAUAUAA